CAGGGUCUCGCUCUGUUGUGCAGGCUGGAAUGCAGUGGUGCAAUCAUAGCUUAUUGCAGCCUCAAACUCCUGGGUUCAAGCAAUCCUUCCACCUCAGCCUCUCAAACUGCUGGGAUUACAGGGUUUUCCCAUCCUGCCCCUCCCAGCAGCGCGAGGUUUCACAAGGAGAGUGAGUGGGCUCUGCUGGCUGCCCUCCUGCACUGUCUGGAAAUUUCCCACCCUGGGUGGGCUUCGACUGUGCCAAGGCUUGAGGCGAAGGUCCUGGGAGCAGGAGCUGGAAGAGGAGAAUGCAUCCUUUUAGGGCUUAUUCAGUCACCAUGAAGCUGCUGCACCCGGCCUUCCAGAGCUGCCUCCUGCUGACCCUGCUUGGCUUAUGGAGAACCACCCCUGAGGCGCACGCUUCGUCCCCGGGUGCGCCAGCUAUCAGCGCUGCCUCCUUCCUGCAGGAUCUAAUGCAUCGCUAUGGCGAGGGUGACAGCCUCACUCUGCAGCAGCUGAAGGCCCUGCUCAACCACCUGGAUGUGGGAGUGGGCCGGGGUAAUGUCACCCAGCACGUGCAGGGACACAGGAACCUCUCCACGUGCUUUAGUUCUGGAGACCUCUUCGCUGCCCACAAUUUCAGCGAGCAGUCGCGGAUUGGGAGCAGUGAGCUCCAGGAGUUCUGCCCCACCAUCCUCCAGCAGCUGGAUUCCCGGGCCUGCACCUCGGAGAACCAGGAAAACGAGGAGAAUGAGCAGACGGAGGAGGGGCGGCCGAGCGCUGUCGAAGUGUGGGGCUUUGGUUUUCUCAGUGUCUCACUGAUUAACCUGGCCUCUCUCCUGGGAGUCCUCGUCCUGCCCUGCACGGAGAAAGCGUUUUUCAGCCGUGUGCUCACUUACUUCAUCGCCCUGUCCAUUGGAACGCUGCUGUCUAAUGCGCUAUUCCAGCUCAUCCCAGAGGCUUUUGGUUUCAACCCUCUGGAAGAUUAUUAUGUCUCCAAGUCUGCCGUGGUGUUUGGGGGCUUUUAUCUUUUCUUUUUCACAGAGAAGAUCUUGAAGAUUCUUCUUAAGCAGAAAAAUGAGCAUCAUCACGGACACAGCCAUUAUGCCUCUGAGACACUUCCCUCCAAGAAGGACCAGGAAGAGGGGGUGAUGGAGAAGCUGCAGAACGGGGACCUGGACCACAUGAUUCCUCAGCACUGCAACAGCGAGCUGGACGGCAAGGCGCCCGUGGUGGACGAGCCUGCUGUAGGAGACUUUGUCAUCCUGCUCAACGCUGGGAUGAGCAUCCAACAGGCUCUCUUCUUCAACUUCCUUUCUGCCUGCUGCUGCUACCUGGGUCUGGCCUUUGGCAUCCUGGCCGGCAGCCACUUCUCUGCCAACUGGAUUUUUGCGCUGGCUGGAGGAAUGUUCUUGUAUAUUUCUCUGGCUGAUAUGUUCCCUGAGAUGAAUGAGGUCUGUCAAGAGGAUGAAAGGAAGGGCAGCAUCUUGAUUCCGUUUGUCAUCCAGAACCUGGGCCUCCUGACUGGAUUCACCAUCAUGGUGGUCCUCACCAUGUAUUCAGGACAGAUCCAGAUUGGGUAGGGCCCUGCCAAGAGCCUGUAGGACUGGAAGUCGGGCCCUGGGCUGCCCGAUCGCCAGCCGGAGGACUCACCAUCCACAAUGCACCACGGAAGAGACCGUUCUAUGAAAAACUGACACAGACUGUAUUCCUGCGUUCAAAUGUCAGCCAUUUGUAAAAUGCUCUAUCCUAGGAAAAAGCUGCUCUGGUAACCAGUCUCUAGCUAGUGCCUCUUGCCCUCUUCUCACCUUUUCUCUCAGUGACUCUGGAACCUGAAUGCAGCUUACAAGACAAGCCUGACAUUUUUCUCUGAUUACCUUGGCCUCCUCUUGGAACCAGUGCUGCCAGGUUUUGAAUCCUUUACCCAACAAUGCAAAACGAGAGCCAGUGGUUAGAACUUGGCUAGAAAUAUCAAGAGUUGAUUCCAUAGCGUAGGGCCCAUGACUCUCACUGGGCACCUUGGACCUCCAGCUGGCCAACAGAAGAGACAGGAGACAGGAAGCCUUCCCAUUUUUUCAAAGUCUGUUUAAUUGCCUAUUACUUCUUUCAAAGAGAACCUGAAGUCAGAACACAGGAGCAGGGUGAGAGGCGAGGCAAGGUUCAUCCUGAAUGGGAGAGGAAGUCGAACCGCUGUUGUGUGUCUUGUCAGGAUGCUCACUUGUUCCUACUGAGAUGCUGGGUAUUGAUUUUGUAACAGCACCUGGUGUUUCAUGGCUGUCCAAGUGAGCUAACGUGGCGGUGUGGCUGCCUGGACCCCCUCUUUCAGGUGAACAACUGACAGAAUGGAGGCUCGGGCUGUCUGCAAGAAAACAGUUGGUUUGGCUGUGAUUUUUACCUCCUCUUCCCCACUGCCAUCUUCUAAGAGACUUUGUAGCUGCCUCCCUAGAAGCACAUUCUGAGCACAUUUGAGACCUGUGUGUUAGAGGGGAGACUGCACAAACUAUCCUCCCCCACUGGUUGAGACGUCUGCAGAGUGGCAAGCUGAGUUGUAGAACUGGGAUGCCAUUUAUGCUCUACUUAGACAAGGAUAAUCAGAAAUGGAAUCAGUGCAGGCAAAAUUUAGGAUUUACUGCUCCCAUAAAUCAAAGCAUGACUAAUAGGGGGUCUCUGAAACAUAAGGUCACAAACUUCACUUAGGGCAUCGCAGAUGUUUGCUGAAUGGCGGGCCUAAUGAUUCUGUUGCAGAUGGGUUUUCAAUGACCCGUCUAGGUUACUGCUUCCUUGCAAAAAAGUCGAAUCCUGUAUUGAAUUGAAUAUGAAUUGCUCUAACUCUCUCCAGAAAAUGGAUGGAGACACUUGUCUGCAAAACUGUAGGCCAGCCUCAGGCACUGUGGAGCCCUUGCCUCCGAGCUCUGGCUUCAAGGGGAGCUCAUCUCCAGGUUCACUAGGUGAAUUGAUUUAUUAUUAUCAUAUUGAUAAUGUGAGAUUCUUUAGCCACUUUGGGGAGCCUGUCUCUCCAGAAGCCUUUCUUAGUGGUGCCCACAGUUGGAGCCCAGGGGCCAUGUUUGCAAACUGAUUCAUGUGCGUGGCUGACAGGAGUACUGGUUCACUACCAAUGCCUGAGCUUUUCUCUUACAUAGAAAAACUGUCCACUCUCAGUAAUCACAAGCAGCAUCCAUUUUGUUUUCUCUUCCUGGGAGACAUCUCUCAAACCAGGAAUAUUCUUGAAAAGAACAUGAGCAGGAAAACUGCUGGUGAUUCUUUUUUUAAGUUUUGUUUUUAUCUUGCCUGUUGGCUUCGGUACAUUUGAGAAUACGCUGUAGAGGGAGAAUUUCAGUGAUGGAGAUUCUAGAUUAAAUAUCAGGACUGAUUUCCUGGUAAGAUUAUGGUCCAGUUUUACCAAAGAACCAAUUCCUUGAAUGUCGGAAUCUAACUUUUUAUAUUGUCAUUAUUAUUGUGGUUUUAAAAUGGUUCUUCGUCUUUUCUGUUUUAUUCUUCUCAAGCUGCUUUCAGGAGCUAGCAGAAAAUAACUCAAAGUUGAAGACUCUGGAAGAUUUUGCUUUAACCUAACUUGCAUUGAUGUAUUAAAUUUAUAAUUUUAGCAUUCCCAAUAGAUCCUGUCAUUCCUUAAACAUAAUACCCUUUGUGUUGGAGUAGAAUAUAGAGUUAGUGGAUUUCUAGUUUAGGAGAGGAGCUCAAAACUAUAAUGUUUAACAAAUUGAAAUAUGAAAUAGGGUUUUUUUUUCCCUUUUUAUGCACACCUAUAUUACCUUAAGGAAUUUCCUUCCAUAGACAGCUGCCUCAAAGGGAAAUCCUCUUUAAACUGUCAUUGGCGCAGAGGUCAGUCCUAGUCGGAGCUUGGGAGGGGUGGAGACGCUCACAUCGUCUGACUUGAGUUGCCACUGAUUGUGGCAACAGCUUUGCCCCAUGAGUCAAAAACUGGUGAUUUCUUUCGAUUUUUAGAUGUUGAAUUUGCUGUUUCAAGCAUUUGUACAUAUUAGAAGUCUAAGGAGUAGCAAGUCAGUGGGAGGACUUUUUCACCCCUGGCAUUAGCAGCUUCAACCUUGUUUUCCACAUGCACCAGCUCCUAUUAAUAAAUUAGCAAGGAAAGUGUAUGUCACGUGCAGGAACAGUGAGGCAGGGACAGGGGUUCUGCUCCUUCUCACCUCACCACUGGCGUGCAGCUUGCCCCUGUCUUUGCCCCCAAAGGUAUUUUGUGUCUAGUAUCAAAUGGGAGCGAUUCUUCACUGGUCCUUAACCUUGGGUUUUAAAAAGGCGGCUUCCCUGUUUGGGUAGCAUAAGAUCUGAUUAUAGUAAGUCCUCUUCCAAAGAGAUGGCAAUAUGCUGGGCAUCUGCUUCAAAAAAAAAGUGAUUUUUGCAAGAGAGGUUAGGAUUUUAUUGUUCAUAUUUCCCUUUACAGUUCUGCAAUUCCAUCACAGUAUUUUUUAAAAAUAACUCAGGUGUUAUGAGAAGAAAUUAGAAAGGAAAAUUAACUUAUGUGGACUGUAAAUGUUUUAUUUGUAAGAUUCUAUAAAUAAAGCUAUAUUCUGUAAUUGUU